AAUAAAAUAAAAUAGAGCUAAAGUGUCCACAGUUAAAUCAAUGGAGAGAUCGUUUGUGACACAAGCAGCAGUAUCAUCGUCGUCAUCACUCACUAGCGAAACUCGACCUUCUUCCUUCAAUGGUCGCUCUCUUCGUCCGCUGAAUCCGAUCUCUCCUUCUCUGUUUCUUCCUGUAAUUAGUUCCUCCGCUCUCGUCCUCAAGAGCACUCUCAGAAGGAAGGGAAACAAAUCUUUAGUUAGGAUGACUGGAGAUAGCUUGGAAACUGUAGAGAUGGCUUCAAAGGAUAUGAUUUUCGAGCCGAUUUUGGAGCACGGAGUUUUCCGGUUUGAUUGUUCUGUGGAGCAUAGGAAGGCUGCAUUUCCUAGUGUUUCAUUUAAGAACAGCAAAGACCGGGAAGUUCCAAUUGUGAGUCACAGUGUUCCAGCAUAUAUUCCUACUUGUGAUUGUCUUCAGGACCAACAACAAGUUGUCACUUUUGAGUUUUCUCCUGGCACGUCGUUUUAUGGGACGGGAGAAGUUAGUGGUCAGUUGGAGAGAACAGGGAAACGGGUUUUUACUUGGAACACUGAUGCUUGGGGAUAUGGCUCUGGAACCACUUCGUUAUACCAGUCACAUCCUUGGGUACUAGUUGUCCUUCCCACUGGAGAAACACUAGGGGUUCUUGCUGAUACAACACGAAAGUGUGAGAUUGAUCUAAGAAAUGAGGGAAUCAUAAGAAUUAUCUCCCCAACAUCAUAUCCAAUAAUCACAUUUGGUCCAUUCUCCUCGCCUACUGCUGUGUUGGAGUCCCUGUCGCACGCCAUUGGAACGGUUUUUAUGCCUCCAAAGUGGGCCUUAGGCUACCACCAAUGCCGUUGGAGUUAUAUGUCUGACAAGCGAGUAGCCGAGAUCGCUCAAACAUUUCGUGACAAGAAAAUUCCUUCUGACGUGAUAUGGAUGGAUAUUGACUACAUGGAUGGUUUUCGUUGUUUCACAUUCGACAAGGAGCGUUUCCCGGAUCCAAAUGCUUUGGCGAAAGAUCUCCAUAAUAAUGGUUUCAAAGCGAUCUGGAUGCUUGACCCUGGAAUAAAGCAGGAGGAAGGUUAUGUCUAUGAUAGUGGGAGUAAAAAUGAUGUUUGGAUUAGCCGAGCAGAUGGGAAGCCAUUUAUUGGUGAAGUAUGGCCUGGGCCUUGUGUUUUCCCUGACUAUACAAAUUCCAAAACACGCUCUUGGUGGGCUAAUUUGGUUAAGGAAUUUGUUUCAAAUGGUGUUGAUGGUAUAUGGAAUGAUAUGAAUGAGCCAGCUGUUUUCAAAGUCGUGACAAAGACGAUGCCUGAGAACAAUAUUCACCGUGGAGAUGACGACCUUGGAGGUGUUCAAAACCACUCACACUACCACAAUGUCUAUGGGAUGCUGAUGGCAAGAUCAACUUAUGAAGGGAUGGAGCUAGCUGAUAAGAAUAAGCGACCUUUUGUAUUGACAAGAGCUGGAUUCAUAGGUAGCCAGAGAUAUGCUGCGACUUGGACAGGAGAUAACCUUUCAAACUGGGAGCAUCUACAUAUGUCUAUAUCCAUGGUCCUUCAGCUGGGGCUUAGUGGUCAGCCCUUAUCAGGGCCAGAUAUCGGUGGCUUUGCUGGCAAUGCAACUCCGCGGCUAUUUGGACGUUGGAUGGGUGUUGGAGCUAUGUUUCCAUUCUGUCGUGGUCAUUCUGAGGCUGGCACUGAUGACCAUGAACCAUGGUCUUUCGGAGAAGAGUGCGAGGAAGUCUGUCGUGCCGCAUUGAAGAGGCGUUACCAACUUCUACCACAUUUUUACACCUUGUUUUACAUAGCCCAUACAACUGGUGCUCCAGUUGCAGCUCCAAUCUUUUUCGCUGAUCCUAAAGAUUCCCGGCUAAGGACUGUUGAAAACGGCUUUCUUUUGGGUCCACUUCUUAUAUAUGCAAGCACUUUGUCUAGUCAGGGAUCACAUGAGCUGCAGCACAUAUUGCCCAGAGGAAUUUGGCUUAGGUUUGAUUUGAAGAUUCACAUCCGGAUUUACCAACAUUAUAUUUACAAGAUAACAAGGUAUUAUAUAGUGAGAGGGAAAGCUAAAGGACUCUUGUUCGAGGAUGAUGGAGAUGGAUAUGGCUACACUAACGGCAGAUUUCUAGUUACACACUACAUUGCUGAGCGGCAUUCUUCCACUGUCACUGUCAAGGUUUCAAAAACUGAAGGAGACUGGCAGAGGCCGAACCGCCGUAUUCAUGUCCAAUUAUUACUAGGAGGUGGUGCAAUGCUUGAUGCUUGGGGAAUGGAUGGAGAGAUUAUCGACAUUAAGGUGCCUUCAGAAAGUGGAGUUUCAGAUUUAAUAUCCACAAGCAAUGAGCGCUUUAAACUUCAUAUGGAAAAUACAAAGCUGAUACCUGAGAAGGAAGUGCUACCUGGACAAAAGGGAAUGGAACUUUCAAAGGAGCCAGUUGAGUUAUACAGUGGCGAUUGGAAACUUAAUAUAGUUCCCUGGAUUGGUGGAAGGAUAUUGUCUAUGACACAUGUUCCCUCAGGAAUUCAAUGGCUUCAUAGCAGGAUAGAUAUCAAUGGUUAUGAGGAGUAUAGUGGUACUGAGUACCGGUCAGCUGGAUGUACUGAGGAAUAUAAUGUCAUUGAGAGGGAUUUGGAGCAUGCAGGAGAGGAGGAAUCUCUGAUCCUAGAAGGUGAUGUAGGUGGUGGACUGGUUCUUCGGCGUAAAAUAAGUAUACCUAAAGAAAAUCCCCGAGUUUUUCAGAUUGCCUCUAGCAUUGAAGCCCGUAGUGUUGGUGCUGGUUCUGGUGGAUUUUCAAGGCUGGUAUGCUUAAGAGUCCAUCCAACUUUCACUCUUUUGCAUCCAACUGAAUCGUUUGUCUCAUUCACGUCGAUUGAUGGUUCAAAGCAUGAAGUUUGGCCAGAUUCUGAAGAGCAAAUAUAUGAAGGGAACAACCUCCCACAUGGUGAAUGGAUACUGGUGGACAAGAGCCUCAAUCUACGGCUAUUAAACAGGUUCGAUGUUAGUCAGGUCUUCAAAUGUAUUGUCCACUGGGACUGUGGAACCGUUAACUUGGAGCUAUGGUCUGAAGACCGACCUGUUUCUAAAGAAUCUCCUCUCAAAAUAGAGCAUGAAUACGAAGUCUCAAGUUUCCCAUAAAUAUGUCUGCACAUUUCUGUUUUGACUACUUGGGUUGUCCAUUAUAAAUGCAUAAAUAAGUGAAUGAACAGUCGUGUUUUAG